ACAACUCUGCAUUCUGCCACCACUCCAUGUAGCACAGAAACUAAUACGACUACGCAAGUUGAUAAUACAAAACCAAAAAUUGUAUCAGACAUAAUAUUAAAAAAGAAGCCUCUAAUGGAAAAGCAACCAACAGCACUGCAGUCAUCAAAAAUGGACAAUUUAUUGGAACAUAUAAAGGAGUACUACGAUCCAAAAUUACAGCGCAUUUACGAACGUCUCGUUACAAUUGAAAAACUUCUAAAGAAGAAAGUGAUAAACAAAGGAAAUAUUCCUAACAAAUCAAAUAUGUUACCAUUACAUACGAUAGAAGAAUUUGAACGCUUCGAAGAACUUCCGCCGAAAGAGUUAGAUGAUAUCGUUGAUUACUUUAUACAUAUUGGAGGAUUUAACUUGCGAGAAACGAUUACUUUUAUUAUAAAUGAAGCGAUGACUCCGGAAGUUACUACACAUUUUACUUGGUGGGGCAAUAAAAAUAAACGUCAACUUUUUGAUACAAAAUUGAUGCACACGAUAUUUCGAGCUGUUCGUGCAAAUAAAAAUUUUGAGAGCCCAGACAGAAAAAUGUUUCAAAAAUGCGUUAUGAACGCCUUGCAAGCGACAAAGCAAAAACAUCGGCGUGCAACGAAUGUAAAUGACAACGAAGUAACAAUGACACGACAUCGAAUGGAACAGAUUGCCAAUAUAGUUUACACAAAACCCUGCAAUAAUAAUCUUCAGAAGGCUAGAACUUCAAGUGGAUUGAAGUCAAAAGACAGUAUCGUUAAGCAAAAACAUCGAUGUAAAACUGAUGUCAAGGAUGACGAAGCAAAGAAACAAUGUCGAAGGAAACAGAUCGCCAAUGUAUCUUGAUUUACGAUUUACAUUUUUAAGAUACGUCAUUAUUAUUAUCGUCGCCAAGCGAAUCUUGUCCAGUACAUUUUUUCGACACGAGUAACGAGUGGCGCUCGUUACUACACUAUAUUAGAGUCCCUAGAAGUGGAGAGUCUGGACAUUUCGGGGUUCCACGUGAUUGGACUGCACCUAAAAUGGCAGCACCAAUACGGAUCCUUAUUUAAUCCUCUUUAGCCAAUGCGAUAACAUACAACACGUUUAUGUGCACACAAUGGUAAACAUACACACACAUAAGGUAUACAUAUGUAUGCAUAUAUGUACAUACACUGACAUAUUCAUCACCGACAUUUUAGGGGCAGAUGUCCAGACUCUCUACUUCUAGGGACUCUACACUAUAUCAGCCCGCAUGCAACCAUCCGUUUGUUUUCUGUUCCUGAACUCUCUAAAUAAGUGUACACUUAAAAUGAAAUAGAUAGAUGUUUCAAAGUUAGCGAAAGCAAGAAGGAACGUUCCAGUGCAGUCUAGUGCAGGAACAGAAAACAAGCCUCAUGUGAUGCAUCACGAUGGCCGCGAGUGUCGCGACAAUGAUUGCCGUGAUAUCAUGGCUUUCCUAACCUGUAACCUGAACUGAAUCGGCAAUAUAUCUCGGUUUGCGGGGCAGACGACAUUUUCUUUUUGCCGAUCGUCGCUAAGAGAAACUUGUAUACGUUUUCGACACGGAGUGAUGCUCAUUAUAGCCGUUUUAUGUGAUUAUGGGUGCGUUCCUUUUCAUGCAUAACAUAACAUGCGAUUCACACAUAACAUAACAUGCGAUGCAUCAUUUAUCCUUGUUGUUUUUCAACUAACUAACGUUAAACGAGGAUAUAUAAUGCAUUAUGCACGUCAUGCGCAUCUCAUGUGAUCUGAUGCAUGUAUAUCGUACCUUUUCAAAAAAAGUAAAAAAAGGCGGUAUUUAUGUGUGUGCGCGCACCUUAUCUUUAAUUUUUCCUAAAAACACAAGUGGUACUAUU